GAAGGCAGUGAUUGGUCAGCUCUGCUGUCACCCAGGAGGGAGUGGGCGGGGAUAACGUGGUGACGCAGUUUCUGUGCGCGGAAAGGGGCCUAGCGGAGCCGGGACCGGGGACCAGCCUGAAGGAGUGAUCGGGGCAGGGAACCGCGCACUCGGCGCCUACAUGGAGUCGCCUACAGAAGCGGCGGAUUCCUGUGUUGUGUGCUGUUCCUUGCCAGGAUUAAAUGUGGGCUAUUUCUGUAUUUCUGCACUCUGUGUAAAACUGGGUGUUAAUCUACAGCACAGUGAGAAACAGCAGAUCCCAUCUAUCCUGUGACCGUCUGACCUGAGAGCAAUGGAGCCACUUAACAUAACCAGGGACAUUAUCCAGCGGCAGAUAAAGGAAAGGAACACUCUACAGUUCGAGCGUCGAUAUCAUGUCAUUGAUCCAUUCAUCAAGAGGCUGGGCCUGGAGUGUGAGCUGGAGGGUCACUCUGGGUGUGUAAACUGUCUGGAAUGGAAUGAGAAGGGCAAUUUGUUGGCCUCCGGAUCAGAUGAUCAACACGCCAUUCUCUGGGAUCCUUUCAGCUGCAAGAAACUGCUGACCAUGCACACUGGACACACGGCCAACAUAUUCACAGUGAAGUUCCUGCCUCACUCAAACGACCGCACAUUGAUUACUGGAGCUGCUGACUCCAAGGUUCAUGUCCAUGACUUGACAGUAAAGGAAACUGUUCAUAUGUUUGGCGAGCACACCAAUCGUGUGAAGCGAAUUGCAGCCGCUCCCAUGUGGCCUAACACAUUCUGGAGUGCAGCAGAGGAUGGAACUGUCAGGCAGUAUGACCUGAGAGAGAGCAGUAAGCGCUCACAGGUACUGGUGGACCUCACUGAAUAUUGUGGGCAGCACGUGGAAGCGAAAUGCCUAGCCAUUAAUCCUCAGAACAAUAAUUAUCUUGCUGUCGGGGCAAGUGGUCCCUUUGUGCGGGUUUAUGACAUUCGUAUGAUUCAUAAUCACAGAAAAGCAGCAAAGCAGAACUCAACUCCUGGAUUGCACACAUUUUGUGACAGGUACAAAUCUGUGCCGGAUGGAGCUGUUCAGUAUUAUGUGGCAGGUCAUCUCCCAGUGAAACAGCCUGAUUAUAACAAUCGCCUCCGUGUGCUUGUAGCCACCUAUGUAGCCUUCAACCCUGAUGGGACUGAGCUUUUAGUCAACAUGGGAGGAGAACAGGUCUAUUUGUUUGAUCUGACAAAUAAGCAGAAGCCCUAUACAUUUCUGCUACCCAAGAAGUGCCACUCCUCUGCUGAUUUACAGAAUGGAAAAUCAAUAACAAAUGGAGUUACAAAUGGAAUCCAUCUCCACAGUAAUGGCUUCAGGCUGUCAGAAGCAUGGCCACAAAGCAGUGUUCCCUAUGAAUUGCCACUUCACUUAGAGAGGCUGAAACAACAAGCAAAUGAUGCCUUCUCCCGACAACAAUGGACACAGGCCAUCCAACUUUACAGCAAAGCCAUUCAGCAAGCACCUGGGAACCCCAUGCUUUAUGGCAACCGAGCAGCAGCCUUCAUGAAGCGCAAGUGGGAUGGAGACCAUUAUGAUGCCCUUAGAGAUUGCUUGAAAGCAAUUUCUUUGAAUCCCUCCCACCUGAAGGCCCACUUCCGUCUAGCACGUUGUUUAUUCGAGUUAAAGUAUGUUACUGAGGCUCUGGAGUGCCUCGAUGACUUUAAGGGCCGCUUUCCUGAACAAGCCCACAGCAGCGCCUGUGAUGCAUUGGACCGAGAUAUCAAGGCUGUGCUCUUUGCAAAGACUGACAACUCUGAUGAGAAGAAGGCAGGAACAACCACCCCAAUCCGUAUCCGAUCAAGCAGCAGGAAAGAUUCCAUCUCCGAUGAUGAAGUGAUUCUGAGGGAACGAGGUUAUGAUUACAAGUCACGGUAUUGUGGCCACUGUAAUACCACCACAGAUAUUAAAGAAGCCAACUUCUUCGGGAGUAAUGGCCAAUACAUUGUCAGCGGUUCUGAUGAUGGAUCCUUCUUCAUCUGGGAGAAAGAGACAACAAAUCUUGUUCGUGUUCUUCAGGGUGAUGAGUCGAUUGUAAAUUGUCUGCAGCCUCACCCGAAACACUGCUUCCUUGCAACAAGUGGUAUUGAUCCUGUGGUUCGCCUCUGGAGCCCACGACCAGAAAGUGAAGAUCAAAAUGAGCGAGUAAUUGAAGAUAUGGAGGGAGCUUCACAGGCAAAUCAGCGGCGAAUGAAUGCAGAUCCCCUUGAAGUUAUGCUCUUAAAUAUGGGAUACAGAAUCACUGGACUAACCAACAGUGGGAUGGCUUCAGAUGAUGAGGAAAACUCUGAAGGCCAGGUGCAGUGCCGGCCAAGCUAAGUAGCGUCCCAACAGUAGCGUACCAGGGACAGACCAGGGAACAACUCUCAUUUCAGUGUGUCUGUGGCUGAAAACACUGCACUGUCCUCAGCUACGCACCAAAUGCUUUGUUUAGGAAGCAAUGAAAGGGUUUGCAUUCUUUCUAACAUCUAUCAGACUCCUUUAUGGAUGAGCCCUAUUCCAUCUGCAGAAGUCUGAGAGUGAUGCUGCUACCCUCUCAGGAACACCUAACUGGGCCAGACUUGGCCUGGGAUGCAUACAGGAGGCCUCACGUUUCUGAAAAAGACACAUUUGAUAAGCAGAUCGUUUUGUAAAUUGUCUAGAUGCUGCUUUCAGUUUGUAUAAAUGCUUCCUGCUCUAUCACAUUCAGUCCCUUUUGUAGUAAUGGAUUCUGCAAAGGCCAAUAAUAUUGAGGUAAACUGCACUCCCUUUGUAGCUCUUAAAUCAUCAGUUAGAGCUGCAGGGCAAUCUGAUGCAGCCUUCAUUGCAGACAUGAGAGAGCCAUGACUGCUAGUCACUAUCAUACUUGAGUCCCUCUGCUGCUUUUGGCCCAGUUUGCAAUAUGCAUACAGAAUAUAUAGCUGUACAUGACCUGGGGAUUGCUGCGUCAUCAUUUAAGGGUUAUAAGAAUGUGAGCACAUGAGAUGAAUUCACAAUGUACAUGCAACAAAGAGACUGUUCAUGGUGAAGUAUGAGAAGUGUGUCAGAACUACCCCAACGUUGUAUGUGAACAGCCUGGCAAUUGGUUGUUGGGGAAAGGUGCCUACACCCAUCUGUCUCUUGUACUAUCUAGUCCCCCAGUCUUGGCUGUCUGUUCACUUUGUCUUUUUCACUGCUUCAAAUUGAGCUCUUGAAGCACUGAUUCUGUGAACAACUUGUUCACAGCCUCCAGUGUUUGCAAAUCUGAUACUGCCCUCUCCUAGAAUGCACUUUUCUUGAGUGUCCCCAAAACUCAGCAUUGCAGUACCAAGCUCCAGGUCCUUGAGAACUUGGGAACAAAUAUUCCAUUUGCAAACCUAAUUUAGAAAGAAUGGUGGUGGGGUGGGGGGAAGAUUUGAGUAUUGUUUGUUUCUUCUGCUGGCUGCUGCGUUUUGAUUUCUAUUUUAAUGUAUAAGCUAAUUUAAGUAUUCAGCUGUCAGCUUUGAGAAGAAAUAGGAAUGUCAUGGGUAAAGCUUGUGAAGGGAUGUUUGAUUUAAUUCUCAUUACUGUUAAUGGUAUCAGAUUUUGUUGGACAUUCAGGUAGAAACUGUAGCCUGUGUAGAAGAGAAUGUUUGUUUCAGUUCUGGGUAAAUUGGGUAACAAUGUGUGAAAGGUUGGAGAGGGGAAGCUGAUGCAGUAGGUACUAAUUGAAACCAACACCAAACUGCAGCUAUUCUGUUGUAGCACUGACCCAAGAAAUAUUAGCAAAGAGAAACAGAGUGCACACACUGACUGGCAAAAUGGGUAAGGAAGCUGUCAUUUCUACAUCUGGAGCCUAGUGAAAUCUAAUGGAGAGGGCAUCCUGCCUCUCAGUAUAUAGCUUCAGAUCCUGAGUUUCAGAAGGUUCCAGUCAGUGAGCAAAAAUCUGUUAUCUGAAUGGAAGUGCCAACAAAGAGGCACAUCUGGGAAGUGGAGUGUUUUAUUGACAUGGCAAGGGAUGAUGUUUUAUGGUGGUGUGGAUGUUUAAAGGGGUGCUGCUUUCAAAGGGCAUGGUAUGAAGAGGCUGUGGUGUGUAUAGUAAAAGUGGGGAUUAGGUGCUGUGCAUUGACAUUUGUGAUGAAUGAUACUCUUAAGUGUGUGUACACUGUUAUAGAGGCCAUUUUAAUCACCAUUGAUCAGUUCACUUCCAGGACAAAGAUCGAUUUGCACACAGAGGCUCGUCUGUUCCAAGUUCUUUUCUUUUAAGGCAUGUCCAAUUGCAUUACACUGAACUGAAGACAAAUUUGUGUAAAAGCAGUCAGUUGGAAUGAUUUGAUCAUCUUUUUAUUUUGCUAGCCAAUUAUUUGCUGAUUUCAUGAAAAAACAAUAGCAUCAUUGGCUGCAGUAUGCAAAGCUCAGUUUAAAAAUUCCUUUGCCUGUUCAGUAAAAACUGAACAUGAUUUGUUCAGUUGCUGUUCAUCUGAGUAUCCUUGCAGUUAUUGUCAAUGGCCAAAUGAUCAUCUAAACUAGUUAGUGAUCAGUUUCUGGGAGAGUGAGCUGCUGGGUAUUUGUAUGCAGGUGUUUCCUGAAAUCUUCCCUUGCGUCUGUAGGGUUAGAAUUCAACUAGGAGAUGACCAAUAGCAGAAUGAAGGUCUAAACCCAGAUCAGAGGCUGUGGUGGAGAAGCAGGCUUAAUUGAAAUUUUGCCAGAACGCCAUUUUAUUACAAGCUAUUCCCAUCAUCAGCUGUUGUGUGACUGCAUUGUUAAAUUAUAUUUCUAAGUAUAAUUUAGGUUUUGGUGGGAUUGUUGCUUGUUUGCAAUUGCUUGAGCACCUUGGUCUGAAGCUCUAACUCCUUAUGGUCAGUGUGUUAAAUGGAAAAGUAGAUCAGUGGGGUGGAGUAGGUGGAUGAGUUUAGUCACUGUACUAAAUAGUGCUGUGCAGUAAUCAUCUUCCCACUCCUCCCACCCAAUCCAUGAGCUCAAUGCCAAUUGUGUGUUUAAACCUCACUCAGUUUGUUGCUCCUAUCCUCCUCGUCUGUGAUUUGAUGAGGAAUCAUCCGUGGGAAGCUGCUAACUGUAAAAAUUAAAUUGUUAAUCCACGGUUGCGAUGAGUUUAAAGCCAGCAUUAAAUGGCGAGUUUAGCAGAAUGCUGUUUGGUUUGGUUGCUAAGAAUUCAUACUUGUAUAGGGGCUGCUGCUUUAAGUUUGUAGUUAUUCCCAAUGUACAUCAGUGCAAUAAAAACACAAACCACA